AUGUCAGUGCCGCCCUCUCGGGCGCAAUCUGAGGUAUUCUCAGCCAGCCAGUAUGGUGGUGUGACAACAGUGGUCCCACCCCGUCCUCGCUCUUACAUCAACUAUUUCAUAUUCCCAUCGGCGGUUCUUCACGUCGUUGGUCUUGCGUGUCUUGCAGCUUUAUGGUACUACUUGAGAUUCACCACUGUCUUUCCCUAUCAUCAUCGAGUAUUCUACUGCCGAGAUGUCCAUUUGUAUAAGCCAAAUUUCGUUCCCGAAGAUUUCAACGUAUACGUGUCCUAUCCACUGUUGUACACAUUGGCUUUCACAAUUCCACCGCUUGUGAUUCUCAUUGGCGAGGUGAUGUUUUGGUUGUUCUCGACGAAACCACGUAAAAUCGUCUACGCGAAUUGCGGAGAAUGCCCGGUUCAUUUGUUCACCAGAAGACUUUUCCGAUUUUUGAUCGUUUACCUCGCCGGUCUCCUCAUCGUCCAGAUCUUCGUUGACACCAUCAAAUUGAUGACCGGAUACCAGCGGCCCUACUUUCUCUCAUUGUGCAAUGUCUCGAUAUCGGCGUGCACAGCCCCAUUAGAACAUUCGCCGUCGCCAUCGCCUCACUUGGCCUGCAAUUACAGAGGCGCCGAUGAGCUCCGAUACGCUUGGCUCAGUUUUCCGUCUCUCCACGCUGUCGUCUCAUCAUUCGCCUGCUGUUUCGCAUCAUUGUACAUUUACUAUAUGAUCAACUUGCGCGGUGCUCCAUUGCUUCGCCCGCUUCUCAUCUUCGGAUUCAUGGGAUUGUGCAUCGUCGAUUCAUUUUCGAGAAUUAAUGGUUAUAAAAAUCAUUGGCGCGAUAUAUGGGUGGCAUGGAUCAUCGGAAUCGGAAUGGCCUGGUUCUUGUGUCAUUGCGUUCUUUGCUUCCAAGAAAUCUAUCAUGUGACCAUCGAACGAACGCCGAUAAUUCCCGAAGAACGCGUUUCGCCCUUCUUCAGCUGGUUCCGAUUACCGCGCGUUCAGGCGCCGUCCGUCAAAGAAGAAUACGUUGUUUAUGAAGAAGAUGUUGAGCGUCAGCAACCCGACGGCACAAUGCGACACCGGCGAAACCGCGACCGCCAAUACGAGGUCACCACCACGACCGAAUCAUUCCAUCGCACGAUCAGCCCACCAGAGCAGCAGAAUCAAGACGCUGGAUAUCGAUAUUAA